UGAUUCUGGUAUCACCUCACCCGCACCGCACCUCACGAAAAAAUGCACAUCAACAACAAACUCUCAACAAGUUUUGCUUCAAACUACUAGUAAAACCAAACAAGCUGUGUGUAUGCUUUUCCUGCCUCACAUCCAUCACACAUCACACAAACCAACACUACCGAUCCCUCAAUUUCCAAAUUAUUUUCUCCCAAUUAUCACCCCCUUUGCGCCAAUCAACGACCCCACUAUUUUCUCUCUCUUAAACCCUCUCUCCCAUCUUUGCCAUGCCACCUUCUCCUUCAGAAAAUCGAACCAAAUGGAGGAAGCGGAAGAGAGAUUCGCAAAUCACCAGGCGUCAACAGAAGCACGACGAGGAAGAAGACGACGACGAAGAAAACCCCAAUGCCGACGAAGACAACGAACGCGACUAUGAUUCAGAGGAUCAACACAACCAAAACCAAAACCAUAACCACCCUAAUUCUCAGCAUCAACAAGAGAUUGAGAUUCUAUCCGAUCACGGUGUUCAGAUUUCCCAGUUUCCGGUUGUGAUUAAGCGCGCUGUUAAUCGACCUCACUCAUCUGUAACUGCAAUUGUUGCUCUUGAACGAGCUAUGGAGUUGGGUUUGGGAGAUAGCAAAGGUCAGCUACAGAAUCCUCCGUUUUUGGAGAAUGUUUCUCAUGGUCAGCUUCAAGCGCUGUCGACUGUUCCUUCUGAUAGCCUUGCUUUGGAUCAGGAUCGUGCUGAUUCCUCUUAUGUUAUUACUCCGCCCCCUAUUUUGGAAGGCCGUGGUGUUGUGAAGCGAUUUGGAAGUAGGGUUCUUGUGCUUCCAAUGCAUUCAGAUUGGUUUUCACCUGGAACAGUGCAUCGGUUAGAGAGACAAGCAGUGCCUCAUUUCUUUUCAGGGAAAUCACAGGAUCUUACUCCGGAAAAGUACAUGGAAUGCAGGAACUACAUUGUUGCACUAUAUAUGGAGGAGCCGAAGAAGAGGAUUACUGCCUCCGAUUGUCAGGGAUUGCAGGUUGGGGUUGAUCAAGAAGAUUUGUCUCGAAUUCAUAGGUUCCUUGACCACUGGGGUAUUAUCAAUUACUGUGCCCGGACGCCAAGUCACGAGCCUCCAAAUCCCGUGUCAUGUCUGAAAGAGGAUACUGGUGGAGAAGUCCGCGUGCCAUCUGAGGCCUUGAAGUCUAUAGAUAGUUUGAUCAAAUUUGAUAAGCCCAACUGUAAGCUCAAAGCAGAAGAAAUUUAUUCACCAUUGACAACACAUAGCGCUGAUGUACCUGAUCUGGACGGCAGAAUAAGAGAGCAUCUGUCUGAAAAUCAUUGCAAUUAUUGUUCUUGUCCACUUCCUGCUGUUUCCUAUCAGUCUCAGAAAGAGGUUGAUAUUUUACUCUGCACUGAUUGCUUCCAUGAUGGAAAAUUUGUCAUCGGUCAUUCAAGUAUAGAUUUUUUAAGGGUGGAUUCAACAAGAGAUUAUGGUGAACUAGAUGGGGAAAGUUGGACUGAUCAAGAAACUUUGCUGCUGCUCGAAGCAAUGGAGAUUUACAACGAGAAUUGGAAUGAAAUUGCCGACCAUGUUGGUACCAAGUCAAAAGCACAAUGCAUUCUUCAUUUUCUUCGUCUACCCAUGGAAGAUGGGAAAUUGGAAAAUAUCAAUGUUCCAAGCAUGUCUUUGUCAUCCAGUGCGAUGAAUAGAGAUGAUAAUGGAAGAUCACAUCUUUACUCGAAUGGAGAUUCUGCAGGACCUGUUCAUCAAAUCAGAGAUUCUGACAACCGCCUUCCUUUUGCUAAUUCUGGAAAUCCUGUUAUGGCCCUGGUUGCUUUUUUAGCCUCUGCGGUUGGACCAAGAGUAGCGGCUUCCUGUGCUCAUGCAGCAUUAUCAGUAUUGUCAGGGGAUAAUACUGGCUCCCAGACGGAGGCAUCGGGGCAUGAUAAUAGGACAAAUCCAGAAAACAUACAUUGUAGAGAUGGUGGCUCUCGAGGAGAAGCUGCAAUUUCAAAUAAUCAUAAUGAGGAAAAGGCAAAAGCACUUAGUUCGCGGGAUCAAAAUGAGGGUAGGACCACCCCACUCUCUGCUGAAAAAGUUAAUGAAGCAGCUAAAGCAGGCCUCUCUGCUGCAGCAAUGAAAGCUAAAUUGUUUGCCGAUCACGAAGAACGAGAAAUUCAGAGAUUAUGUGCUAAUAUAAUUAAUCAUCAGUUGAAAAGACUGGAAUUGAAGCUGAAACAGUUUGCAGAAAUUGAAACAUUGUUGAUGAAGGAAUGCGAACAAGUGGAAAGAGCAAAACAGAGGUUUGCUGCUGAACGCACCCGCGUCAUAUCAGCACGUUUUGGAACUGCAGGAACUACGCCUGCAAUGAAUGCAUCUGGUGUUGGUCCUUCAAUGGUUAGUAAUGGCAAUAAUAGGCAACAAAUGAUGUCUGCUUCUCCCUCGCAGCCCAGCAUCUCUGGGUAUGGCAACAACCAACCAGUUCAUCCACACAUGUCCUUUGCCCAAAGACCUUCAAUGUUUGGGUUGGGGCAAAGGUUGCCCCUAUCUAUGAUACAACAAUCACAGUCAACUUCUUCAGGUGCCAUGUUCAAUACUCCUGGUAAUGUGCAGCCUGGUACCAAUCAUCCAUUGUUGAGGCCCGUGUCAGGAACUAAUUCUGGUUUAGGAUAAUUAGGGGAGUAGAUGUAAGUUUUGGAACUUCAAUGGUGCAGUUUUAUUUGGUCAUUAAUUUCAGAAGUGAAGAGGAAAUCGGGUGAAUUUGCCAAGAAAGUUAUUUAGCUUCUUGAGUCUAAUUGGUUGCAGUUGAUUGUGAAACUAUUGUUUAAAAGGAAAUAAGUAGCAUUUGAUGUUCUAUAGUUUUAAUUUCUCCCUUGUUGACUAUAGGUACAAUGAAAAUUUCUUGUCUUAAGUGUCACAUGUUGUUUAGUUAGAUUGCAUACAAAGCCAACUACUUGGAUGCAAAAUGACAAGGUUACGGGGACUUGUCUCUCCGCUACCUAUGCUGUUGUAUAGUUUUGGUCCAUGUUGGUGAUUUUAUUUCUA